CAAUUGCAAUGAUUGACAUAUUUUAUUGUUUUACUUUUUAAAAAAAACGUCAAAGCUACCAAAGUUAUUGAACUGCGCUGUCAUUAAUCAAUUAUAAAUUACUAUUUGUAUGUAUAUAAAUAUAAAUAUAUAAAUAAAUUUAUUAAUUAUCAUAUAUAUUUAUUAAAGAUUUUUUUUUUAACGGCGCACUGAAUUUUUACUCGACACCGAUUUCCUCAAGUUAUUUAAAAUUUUUUAAUUACUUAUGUAAUUUGAAUUACUGAUAUAUUUUUAUCGUAAUUUUUAUCAGAUCGUUAACUAUUAGUACUUACUGUGAAUUUAUUUAAGAUAAUUAAUUGAAUAAUAAUAUUUGAAAAUUCAAAUUAUUAUUUGGUACUACGAUGCCUGAUACUAAAAAAGGCCCCUGUUACAUUGGGUCUAUUGAUGAAGGAACCAGCAGUGCUAGAUUUUUAGUAUUUGAUGUAACAAAACGGAAAGUAAUAACAUCGCAUCAAAUAGAAAUAAAACAGAAAUAUCCUCAGGAAGGAUGGGUCGAACAGGACCCAAAAGAAAUCCUUUCAGCCGUUUUAAACUGUAUUUCAAAAGUGGUAGAGAACUUGGAAGAUCUUGGUAUUGAAGCUUCAGCUAUAAAAGCCAUUGGUAUUACAAAUCAACGAGAAACAACUGUCGUCUGGGAUAAAAAAACUGGAGAACCUCUUCACAAUGCAAUUGUUUGGUUGGACAUGAGAACAACAACGACAAUGGAAGAUGUCCUAGAGACAAUACCAAAUAAAACCAGAAAUAAAAAUUAUUUAAAACCACUGUGUGGACUUCCCAUGUCGCCAUAUUUCAGUGCUCUGAAAAUUCGUUGGCUUAUUGACAACGUUCCUAAAGUAAAACAAGCUGUCGAAGCCGGUACCUGUGCAUUUGGUACAAUUGACACCUGGCUUAUUUAUAAUCUUACGAAAGGUGAAUUGCACAUAACUGAUGUUUCAAAUGCAUCACGAACGAUGUUGAUGAACAUCGAAACCCUCAAAUGGGAUCCGCUGCUUUUGCGUUUUUUCAAUAUUCCUCAAUCGAUGCUACCGGAAAUAAAAUCGAGCUCUGAAGUUUAUGGCCACGUGUCAAACCCUAGUUCUCUUGCUGGUAUUCCAAUCUCCGGAUGUGUAGGUGAUCAACAAGGAGCUUUACUAGGACAGUUGUGUUUAAAACCUGGUCAAGCAAAAGCUACAUACGGAACUGGAUGUUUUCUACUUUACAAUACAGGCAAUGUCAAAGUCGAUUCGCACCAAGGACUUAUCACUACUGUCGCUUACAAAUUCGGUAAAUCACCAGCUACUUACGCUCUUGAAGGUUCUGUUGCUGUAGCAGGAGCAGCGUUAUCAUGGCUGCGAGAUAACAUGCAACUACUGGACUCUAUAACACAAACUCAGGAUCUUGCUGAGCGUGUUCGUACUUCAGGAGAUGUUUACUUUGUUCCAGCUUUCUCUGGACUCUAUGCUCCAUAUUGGCAACAGGAUGCACGUGGAGUUAUUUGUGGUAUUACGGAAGACACGCAGCAGUAUCAUAUUAUUCGAGCAGCACUAGAAGCUGUUUGUUUCCAAACUCGAGAUAUUCUUGAAGCCAUGGUAAAAGAUUCAGGAACGAAACUCUCAACGUUGCUUGUUGAUGGGGGCAUGACUGUUAAUAAUUUACUUAUGCAAUUGCAGGCGGAUAUUACUGGCAUAAAUGUUGUGAGACCACAUAUGGUAGAAUCAACUGCACUUGGUGCUGCUAUUCUGGCCGGUGUCGGCGCAGGUCUAUUUGAAGUCAGUGAUGUUGAUGCAUCACAAAUGACUAAAUUUUCACCGGAAGUUGGUGAAGAUGAAAGAGAUUUUCGAUACUCAAAGUGGAAAAUGGCUGUGGAAAGAUCAAUGAAAUGGGAUUUAUCAUCAAGCCUCGAUGCUUAAAGAGAUUCUCUUUUUUUUUUUUUU